UCGGGUCGGCUGCAGGUGAGAUGUCCGGCCGGGGCUGCUCCGCCUCCUGACUGCCCCUUGGCCGGCCAGCUAGCGCUGCAUCGCGGGUGGCAGCCGCCGGCUCUCGCCUCCAAGCCCAGCUUGCCAGCCCUCUGCGGAGGUUUGAAAGAAGAUGGCGAAAUUCCACAGAUUAACCGAAGUCUUGAAGAGCGUGCCACUUUGAUACAGAAGUGGUUGCCAAACAUCGCUCACCAUGAGGCUACUCCGGAGACACUACGGCCCACUGAAGCUGGCUUUGGUGGGUGUCGUCUUCGUGAUCUUUCUCUUCAUCAUGCAAAGAGAUGUGGGUAGCGGGGAGCAUAGAGAGGAGCCCUGGCUAAAAAACAUUGUGGACAGGAAAGAUCAAAUGAUUGACAUAAUGAUGGGAGCUGUCAACAACAUCCGUGACUCUAUGCCAAAGUUGCAGAUUCGGGCUCCAGUGCAGCAAGAGGCACCCGUCCAGAGCAGCAAGUCUUGUCUGCCCGGCUAUUACACACCAGCAGAACUGAAACCCUUUAUGGAGCGUCCGCCUCAGGACCCCAAUAGCCCAGGAGCUGAUGGCAAAGCUUUCAAGAAGGACCACUGGAAGCCAGAAGAGACGAAGGAGAAAGAGCGCGGCUAUGAGAAGCAUUGCUUCAAUGCCUAUGCAAGUGACCUGAUCUCUCUCCAGAGGGCCCUGGGACCAGACACGAGGCCUCCAGAGUGCAUCGACCAGAAGUUCAAGCGCUGUCCGCCCCUCCCUACCACCAGUGUUGUCAUUGUCUUCCAUAAUGAGGCCUGGUCGACUUUGCUCCGCACGGUUUACAGUGUCCUUUACUCCUCCCCUGCCAUCUUGCUCAAGGAAAUCAUUCUUGUAGAUGAUGCCAGUACAGAUGACUACUUGAAAGACCAGUUGGACGAGUAUGUCAAGCAGCUGCAGAUAGUGAGGGUUGCCCGACAGCCGGAGAGGAAGGGUUUGAUCACUGCCCGGUUGCUUGGUGCAAGCGUUGCCACAGGAGAUGUGCUCACUUUCCUUGAUGCUCACUGUGAAUGUUUCCACGGCUGGUUAGAGCCUCUCUUAUUCCGCAUUGCCGAGGAACCCACAGCUGUGGUCAGCCCAGACAUUACAACCAUCGACCUGAACACCUUUGAGUUUUCUAAGCCAAUUCAAUAUGGGAAGCAGCACAGCCGAGGUAACUUUGACUGGAGUCUGACUUUCGGAUGGGAGUCCAUCCCUCAGCAUGAGAAACAGAGGAGAAAGGACGAAACGUAUCCUAUCAAAACUCCCACAUUUGCGGGUGGCCUGUUCGCUAUUUCUAAGUCCUAUUUCGAACAUAUCGGUUCGUACGAUGAUCAAAUGGAAAUCUGGGGAGGGGAGAACGUGGAGAUGUCUUUUCGGGUUUGGCAGUGUGGGGGUCAGCUAGAAAUCAUCCCCUGCUCCGUGGUUGGCCACGUGUUUCGUUCGAAGAGUCCUCACACUUUCCCCAAAGGAACUCAGGUCAUCUCUAGGAACCAAGUGCGCCUGGCAGAAGUCUGGAUGGACGACUACAAGGAAAUCUUCUACAGGAGGAACCAGCAGGCCUCUCAGAUGGCUAGAGAGCAAACAUACGGAGACCUCACUGCACGGCUUACUCUGAAGGAGCAGUUGCAUUGCAAGAAUUUCACCUGGUAUCUGCAGAAUGUUUAUCCCGAGAUCUUCAUUCCAGACCUGACUCCCGCCUUCUAUGGAGCUAUUAGAAAUGAAGGUUCCAAACGCUGCUUAGAUGUUGGAGAAAACAAUCACGGAGGGAAGCCUCUAAUCAUGUAUCCCUGCCAUGGCAUGGGAGGCAAUCAGUAUUUUGAAUACACAUCCCAGAGAGAUCUCCGGCACAACAUUGGCAAGCAGCUCUGCCUGCGGUCCAAAAUAGGACCUGUGGAGUUGGGUGACUGCCACUAUGUAGGCAAACACUCCCAUGUACCUGAAAAUGAAGAAUGGGAACUGACCAGUGACCAUCUGAUUAAAAAUCUGGCGUCUAAUAAGUGUCUGUCUGGAAGAGGCGAGCAUCCUUCCAUGGCUGCCUGCAACCCUGCAGAUUCCUAUCAACUUUGGUACUUCAGCUAAGUAGUCCAAGGAAGACCCACGCAGCCUGAGCCAAGGCCAGCAAACUUACCAGGAGGCUCCUAUUUCCUUCCUCUCGAGCUCUCAAGAAAACGGGAGUUAAAUUCCAAGAGAAGAGAAAAAAGGGAUCCAUUUGAAAUAUGCUGCAUAAUCCCAUGCCUAUAAAACACUCUUGUGCCUUUUCGAAAGCAAUUGUCUGAGAAACACAACAAGCCUCGGUUGGACUUAAUGUUUUCUUUAGUUGAAGUUGCAAGCAGGUGUGUGUGUAUAUUUGCUCUUUAGAGUAUCGUUAAGUGUCAUUAACGGAGGCUCCGUAUUGUGAGAAAGACAACAUCAGUGAAUUAACUUAAGCUAGAUUUAUUGAAAGCCCUUUGAGAUGAGAAAGAAACAUUUCUUAAUUUGCAUACUGGGAGCAAUGUAGAAAGUAGCAUCUUGGCAACCGGAGAAUAAAUUUAUCUGCAAGAUGAUGGGAGUGGGGAACUCGAUGCCAAAGAUAAGGACUUUUUGUCUCUGUUACAUAGGAAAUGUGUUUUCUGAUAGAUACUUCUGGGGUCCAUAAGGAGAAAUUACUAGGGGCUAUGCACAAAGAUGCUGGUGGGUCAUGGGCAACUCUUGCUCUUUGAAGGAUCAGUAGAGUUAACUUGCAUUUGGCAUAGUAAACACUGGAGUGCAGUGUUGCACAGCUGAAAUCCUCGGCCUUUUGCUCAGCCUGUUUCCAAUGCGUUACCUCCGGCUUUGGGGAUUCUCUCCAGCACACUGUGAAUAAACUGCUAAUUGCAUUGGGAUUUUUUUUAAAAAAAAAAAAAACCCCUGCUUCCUAGGCAGCUAAUCCCUCUACCAAAGAAAAGUGGAAUUAAACAGGAAGGCAGGUUUCCUGGCAUCACACAAAGGAAUGGUGUGGGGUGUUCAGUUGCUGGGCACCUCCUGAUGGCUCCAAUUUUCAGAGGCCAACUGGGCUGUUUUUCCCAGCUCUUUGGAUACAUGCAAUCCCGUUUUCCCAGGAGUGCUUCAACCUGACCUGGUUCCCCGCUGGUUCCAUGCAACUCAAAUAUGGGCCAGCGCACAGCAGGGUUUAUAUAGUUUGCACAGCCGGAUUUUCCUGGACCGAGGAAGGUCCCUGCCUUUCCUUCCAUGGCCUUGGUUUGUGCACUGUAUUGCAAGGAGUAUGAAAAGCUGCUAAUGUGCCUUUUUGAGACUAGCUGGAGGAACCAAAUCGCUUGGGGAAAUGGGUGCUGUGUGGACCCUUGGCGGAUGAGAGUUAUGAUGCAAAACCAAACAGUGAGAGAAAAAGGGAAUGUGUUUGUGUGAGUCAGAAUGAGUGAAGGGGGGGGGGUUGUAUGUGUUUUUUCAUGCUUAUUGGGGGUGGGGUCUGGAAUAAAAUUAUACUGGAUAUUGCUAGUUAUCAUUGCCUGCUGGAGCAAAUCAUUCUCUCCGUGUCUUGUCUUGUCCACUGUGUUUAGAUCUUUUUUUGUCCUUGGAUUUCGUGGGUAGCAUUCUACUACAUGAUUGAGAUGCUAUUCAUCUACUAAGCGGUAGCUGCCACCCGACCGACAAGUGCCCCUAGUGCCUCUUGUUUACCGUAUGGCUGAUUAGCAAUCACCCUGACAGUAUAAUGCAGAAUCUUGAGUUGAAUCUGAAAGGGGAUACGUUCUGUUCUUCUGAGAAACUUGUUUGUUUGGGGAGUGCAGUUUAAAAAUGGAUUGUGUUGGGGUCAAAAUUGCCUUCCUAUAGGGAAUUCUUUCCACUUCCCCUUCAUAAAGUAUGCUACCAAUUUCAAUGCCAUUUUUAGCAUCUUUGAAGCAAAAACACAUGGAUGAAAGACUGACAGUGUGUAGACUCUUCCUCGGUUUUUCAGUAACAAAGCUGGCGGUAGCAUCAAACGGUGAUUGUCCCAUUUCCCAAAAGGCUUCUGUGUUAACUGUAUGACAUGUCCUGGCAACCCUGAUUUUUUAAAAAAAACAAUAAAACUUAAAUUUUAUUUUACAAGAGAA